UGACACAAAACUCUCGUCCGACCAACUCAAACCAACCCGGAACUUUUUUACGACAACUAAAAAACAUUCUUGGAAAGUUAUAACAAGGAGUUUCUUUGUGUUUUCGAACAGUUUGAAUGUGUUAAUAAGAAAAAGAAACUUUUAAGGACUGAGGACUGUUUUAACCGAGGAGGUGGGGGAAAAAAAGAGGAGACUUUCAAAUGUUUCUCGCUCGGUCUGCGGCGGCUCCUGCAGGACAGUAAAACCACGACUUAUCUUUUCAAACCAGGUAGAGAGGCGAGGAUUCAAGAGGGGCCAACAUGCCUCAACAGAAGGACAUAGUGAAGAUAGCCAUCCAGAUGCCGGGGGCCUAUCCCCAGCUCAUACAACUGGACCAGAAAAAGCCUCUCUCUGCUGUGAUAAAGGAGGUGUGCGAUGGCUGGAAUCUCCCAGGUCCCGACAACUACGCCCUGCAGAAUGCAGACGGGGUUCAGACGUACAUCACUGAAUCGAAUCGUCUGGACAUUAAGAACGGCUGCAUUCUGCGUCUGACCAAGGCACCGGGUCGCUGUGCAGAAGACCUGUUCAAAGGCAUCCAGAGCUCCGAUUCAGGCGUGCGCUGUGAUUCGCUGAAGGAGCUGGCGAGCACAUCUACAGACGUUACAUUUGCACAGGAGUUCAUCAGCCGAGACGGACACCUCUUAUUGGUCAAGAUAGUCGAGGACUCGAAUGAGAGUAAUGUGAUCAUGACCCACACUCUGACAGGCUUCAUGGAACUGAUGGAUCAUGGGAUAGUUUCCUGGGAGAACCUCUCAUCGGUCUUCAUCAAGAAGAUUGCCAGCUUCGUCAACGCCAAGCCUACCGAUGCAUCCAUACAGCAGGUGUCCUUGGACAUCCUGGAGAGCAUGGUGCUGAGCAGUCACAGCCUCUUCCUGCAGGUCAAACAAGAAGUGACCAUGGAGAGACUCAUCGCUCACCUACAGGUGACAAACCAGCAGAUUCAGACCAAAGCCAUGGCGCUACUAAUGGCUCUACUACAAACUGCCGGAGACUCCGACCGACAGGAUAUGUUUGCAUUCCUGAGCAAGAAGAACCUCCGGCAGUACAUUUAUAAAAACAUCAUCCACAGUUCUGGUGCAGUCCAGGAUGAGAUGGCCCACUACCUCUAUGUGCUGCAGUCUGUUACCUUGAAUCACCUGGAGCCUCGCAUGAGGACGCCGCUGGACUGUUACAGCCAGGAGCAGAGAGACAUCCUUCACGGCCUGCGUCAGGCGGCGUUUGAGACAGAAAGCGAGAACAGUCUGAGCCACGAGAGACGACGCUCGCUCUGCGCCAAAGAGUUCAAGAAGUUAGGCUUUUCUAACAAUAGUAACCCCGGUCAGGACUUGGUGCGAACGCCUCCAGGUCUUCUCGCUUUGGACACCAUGUUUUAUUUUGCUGCACGCUAUCCGGACGCCUACAGCAGGUUUGUCCUGGAGAACAGCAGUAGAGAGGACAAACAUGAGUGUCCUUUUGCACGGAGCAGCAUACAGCUCACACUCAUCCUGUGUGAAAUCCUUCGUAUCGGCGAGCCUCCCUCAGAGACGGGAUCCCACUACCACCCCAUCUUCUUCAGUCAGGACCGGCUGAUGGAGGAGCUUUUCUGUGUUUGCAUUCAGCUGCUCAACAAGACCUGGAAGGAGAUGAGAGCCACACAGGAGGACUUCGACAAGGUGAUGCAGGUAGUGAGGGAGCAGAUCACAAGGACGUUGUCUAGUAAGCCGACCUCCCUGGAGCUCUUCAAGAACAAAGUGAACGCUCUGAACUACAGCGAGAUCCUCAAACUGAGGCAGACGGAACGGCUGCACCAAGAAGAGACUCUGGCUCCUCCUGUACUUGAACUAAAAGAGCGUCUGAAGCCAGAGCUGCUCGAGUUAAUCCGCCAGCAGAGACUCAACAGGCUGUGUCAGGGAACCAUGUUCAGGAAGAUCAGCAGCCGACGCAGACAGGAUAAACUAUGGUACUGCCGCUUGUCGCCGAAUCACAAAAUGCUUCACUACGGUGACGUGGAAGAAGACACAGAGAAUCCACCAAUUGAAUCACUGCAGGAAAAGAUUCCUGUAGCAGACAUCAAAGGCCUGCUGACGGGAAAAGACUGUCCUCACAUGAAGGAGCACAAAGGCAAACAGAACAAGGAGGUGCUCGACCAGGCAUUUAGCAUCUCAUAUGACGUGGAAGAGUACAGCCUGAACUUCAUCGCCCCAUCCCGAACUGAUUUCUGCCUGUGGACCGAUGGACUGAGCGUCCUCCUCGGCAGGGAGAUGAGCAGUGAGUCCAUGCGCAGCGAGCUGGAGAUCCUCCUCUCCAUGGAGAUUAAGCUCCGCCUUCUGGACCUGGAGAACGUUCCCAUUCCUGACAGCGCUCCGGUCAUCCCGAAACCGCCAAGCAACUACAACUUCUGCUACGACUUCAGCCAGACCGAGCAGUAGAGAGUGGAAAAAGUGUGAAUGUGUAAAUAUAUAUGUGUGUGUGUGUGUGUGUGACCAUGUGCGUUCAUGCACUUAUUCCUAAAACACAGAUUUAUAACUAUGACAUUUUAUUCUUCUUCCUCUGCGGCCUCAUUUUUAAUCAUCCAAGUGAAACCGUGUGAAGACGAGCAAACUCGAGGAGAGUGACUUUAAACAACGACAACAGUUGUUUGUACUUUGACUUCACUAAUGCUGCACACUUUUCACCUCUUGUCUCGGAGACGGAAGCUUUCAGGUCGUCUCUACGUUCACGCCUCCUCCUCAGCUUUUCUAGACACUUCAACAAAGCUCCAAAAAGCUAGACUCACCUUUUACAAUUCAACCACUCACUCAAGUAAUGGUACUUUAGUUUUGUUUUAUAAUCAUUUUAAAGUCCUAUAUAUAUCUUAAACUAUGCAUUUUACAUUUUGAGUAUACUUGUUUGCAUAUUCGUUUAUUUUAUUUUCAGAUGCUUUUUUUAAAAGGGCAUUAACUAGAACCCAUUGUGUUCUCGAUACGUGGCACAUACAAUACAUUUCUAACAUUGGAAAAGCAAACACAUGUUUCUCAGAUGUGGAAAAUAUUUAGCUUAAAGCUCCUGUGAGGAGUUUUCACCUGGUGAUGAAACAGACUGUUAUUAACACUGAUGCCUCUACAUGACCUUUAAAAGCUAACGAGACCAUCAGAGAGAAGAGAGGUCAUUUUUAUAUGAUGAUUUUUUUUUUUUAUGCAUGAAACCGCUGCCGUAAAGGAAGGCGUCAGAUGAGUUGAGUCACAGCACGCUGCAGAAACGGCCUUUGUUUACAUUUUUCACGAUAAUGGGUUUGUUUGACUUUUUAAAGUACAGAGAUGAAAGGUACCGUGUUGACCACAUGGAGGCACCAAAAUCAUUCUUCUGUAGCCUGAGUUAAAAUCCAACAUGGCUGCUACGUGCAUCAACAUGAAGUUUAAGCAGUAACUGUAGAGCUUAUUAGCAGCUUAGUCCUCUUUUUGUGUAGUUAAAUCAAUCACACCGAUCAGCUAAAGUACAGAGUAUCGUGCAAGCGCUAUCCGAAGACAUGUUGUCAUCAUAUUUUUGCGUCACAAACUAUCCAGUAGUGUGUUUUUACCUGGCAACCGCUAACAAAACAAAGAUACUCCUGGAGGUGUCCAUGUUGUUGUCUGGCUUUUUGCCAGCUCUUAACCAUUAUGUGGUUAUCUUGGGUGUGAGGUCAUUCCCAACACCGAGAUCAGAGUUUGGAGGUAAAUGGAACGCACCAUAUGAGCUGUAGACUUGUGUUUUUAAAAAAGAUGCAGAUCUGCAUCAGGUACUGAACUGACCCUUUUUUCUUUUUGUUAAUUUACAAAAAGCGAAUGUAUAUUUUCUCCCUAAUGAACAGUAUGCUGACAAGAAAAACUUGUAACAAGUUUCAAAUCAAACUGUAUGUGUCUCACUCUUCAAACGCCUGUGUGUGAACUGACAGCUCAUCAGGACGUCUCAGUCUGUUCAAGUGUUUCUGCCUUUUCCUUUCUUCUUCUGGUAACGGGUCAUUUCAUUUCAGCGCCGUCUGACUGUCCCUGCAGUGCAUUUCUGACAUGUGAUAACACUCACUUUGAAUUGUUCCUUUUAGUUGACUUCACAUGAAUAAACUGAUUCAUAAUGAGAAAACAAACAAG